GACAAGGCGAACCCUAAUCACGGCGCGACGUCUAGAGUGACGCGGGGACGCGCAGGCCGGAAGUAGUACGCUGUCCUGUCGCUGACUAGUGACGUCACAGCGCGACCUGUGGUGGGGGCGGAAGCUGGAGUCCCGGCUAAGGGAUGCCCAAAAAGUUUCAAGGUGAAAACACCAAGUCUGCUGUUGCCCGUGCCAGAAAGGCUGAGGCAAAGGCUGCAGCUGAUGCAAAGCGCCAGCAGCAACUGGAGGAUGCGUUUUGGCAGGAUGACAACAAACAUGUCCAGCGGAAAGAGCAAAGGAAGGAAGAAAAGGAAAAACGUCGCCUAGAGCUGUUAGAGAGAAAGAAGGAGAGCCAACGCUUGCUAGAGGAAGAGGAUUCUAAAUUGAAGAAUAGACCAGCAAAACCUCCACCCACAAAAGUAACUCGGGCACAGAUAGACGAAACGCUGCAGAGAGAAAAUGUUCCAAAUGCCACUGUUGAAAAGCCGAAGACACACCUAGAGAUGCCACUGGAAGAAAAUAUAAACCGUCGUUUGCUAGAGGAAGGAGAGGUUGAAGCGCGUUCUGUAGAAGAAGCCAUAGCUGCUCUAAGUGUCAGCAAGGAACUUGACCGUCAUCCUGAAAGACGAAUGAAAGCUGCCUUCACAGCAUAUGAAGAACUAAAUCUUCCACGCCUGAAACAGGAGAAUCCAAACAUGAGGCUUUCCCAAUUAAAGCAAGUUUUGAAAAAGGAAUGGAUGAAAUCUCCUGAAAAUCCCAUGAACCAGAGGCAUGCUGUCUACAAUGCUAACUAACCAAUUGUAAUACAGAUUUAUAUCUCGGAGAUGAGACAGUAGCAGGGCAUACUUUACAGAAAGCCAAGAGUACGUGUAGGACAUCUAGAAUGUAUAUUGGUUGUCAGACCUUGCGGGGUAGGGAGGGGGUUUUGAAAAGCGGCAGUUAUUUGUUUUAUCCAUACCAUCUGAGGGUAAGGAUUUAACAGUCCAAAACACUGCAUGUGCCAAAGCCGGGCUGAUGGCUAAAAACUAAGAACUUUGGAAUUAAAAACUCAAUUAGAGAUUCUCCAUGAAAAAUAAAUGUGUGGUGACUUGCAUUAUUUAACUGCCAUAUGGUAUGUGUUGUUUGUCAAUAAAUAUGAUGGUCAGAAUAAUUACCUAACAAUAUCCCUUUUAACUUUAUGAAUUCAAAAUAAGGAAUACAAUAGUAGCCGCAGUCUCACCUGACUCUCCUGUUUUAGGAUUUCAAGUUUGGAACUGUUUGUUUUUUUCCCAGCAAGUGAACUUAAAGAUUUUUUUCAGGCAAAGCAAAGAAAAGCUGAAUUAAACAGUGCCCACAAAACCUG